AUGAAGUCUGUCUCUACCCUUUUCACCGCCUCUCUUCUUGCCACUUCGGCAGCAGCAUUCUCUGGAUCCUCUUCUUUCUCAGGAUCUCAGCUUGCUCAAGCCCCAGCCAGCAGUGCUGUCUUGACAAUGGAAUACAUUCCAUCUGGAAUGUCCAAGGAACAGUGGAAGAAGCUCAAGGAGAAGGAAGCCAAGUCCAAGGGAAAGAAUCUCGGAAAGGUUGGAAUUACCAGUUUCAAGUCUCGAAGUUUUGCCGAAUGGCAAAAGGCUGGAGGAAAGAAUCUUUUCCCAGUCGACCCAAAGAAGGUCAAGGAUGCAUCUGAAAUCCCUUACAUGCAAAGACAAGGAGGAAAGCCUGAUGAUUCUGAUCUCAAGGGAAAGAAGGGUGGAUUCAGCUUGUUUGGAGGAGGCAAGAAGAAGGCAGCUGAGCCUGAACCGGAACAAGAGAAGAAGACGAACUGGUGGACCCUUUAA